AUGACAGAGUGCAAAACAUCACACGGACAGCUUUGCAACGAAGAUCUCGCUUCUAAAACGCCCAAACGCUAUCUUGACGUUCACCUUGAUAGCGACAGAUCUUACGUCGAGCUGAUUGAGAAGAUAGAUAACGAAGCCGUUGCAGAUUGCCGGUAUGCUGCUCUCAGCUAUUCAUGGGGACGACCUCCAUUCGUUACCACGACAUUGGACAAUAUCCACGACCACAAGCAGGGUAUGCUUGUCGAAGAUCUUCCACCCACCAUCCACGAUGCUGUCAAGGUUACUCGCGAGCUUGCCAUACCAUAUCUUUGGGUAGACUCGUUGUGUAUCUUGCAAGGACCUGCUGGGCACCCAGAGGUAAUGGCGGAUCAUGACGAGCAAUUUCCUCAGAUGGGUAUGGUGUAUAGUAAUGCAUUCCUCACUAUCAUCGCAGCUAACACAACCACUGUGAAUGAAAGCUUCCUUACGCUACGGACUAAGAUACAGGCGCAGUGGGUGCUGUUAGACCGGACAUUCUACGAUGCUACCAGAGAACCCGCAUGGUACGCACAGGGCGCUAAGGUGCUUCCUGCAUACCAGCUGGACAGACAAUCAUGGAGAGGAACCAGCGAUAGUCGCGCGUGGUGCUUGCAGGAGAAGAUGCUGUCGAAACGCAUCAUAAGCUUCCAUGAUGAGGGUGUGAUGUACGCUUGUAGAACGACAUGGAGAAAUGGUUUUGGGCUGGUGCUUUGCUUAAUGGCGCCUAUGGCGCGUUCUUUCAAGCAACCUGGAGUGAUGAUGUCGAAUGGAGGUGAGUUGGGCAGCUAUGCUGCUAGAGCACCGCCUGACGAUUUGACUUGCAGAUACGAUUUCUGGACUUCACUAAUCGAGCAAUACACGUCUCGGAACCUAACAGAGUCGAAUGACAGGCUUCGCGCAGCGGCAGGUAUCGCAGAGGUUUGGCAACGUGUCUUUGACGAUGAAUAUUAUGCAGGCCUAUGGAAAAGCUCGGUCGAAGUACAACUUUUAUGGUGUCACAGUGGCAAGCGAAUUGGUUCGUCCCGCCAACAUCCAAUUGCGUCUGAGUAUCGAGCUCCCUCAUGGUCUUGGGCGGCGGUGGACGGAGAUGUCCAUUUUCAUUUCGGACUUAGGCACCUCCUGGAAACUGUCCCAACAGGCCACUCGAGUACCUCUGAGCGUGCGCCAAAACUGGUGGGUACGCGCUACGAACAGUCGGUGCGGGUUCAGAACUUCGACAUGAAGCUCAUUGGUACGGCCGAUAUUGAGGUCUUUGUGGAGGACACCACCGUUUCGCAUCUUGGAGCUCAUAUACUUGGCUAUCUCGAAAUCUCCAGCUGGAUUCGGAUGGAUAAUAAGCUUAUGCUACCAAGUCUCCCCAUCGAGGACUUCCGUGAUUCUGACUUGCACUGGAGCGGCACCUUCUUCGAUAGUGGGUCACGAGGUGAGCACACAGAGCUCUACUACUUGGAGACCUUGAGAUUCGACAUGGUCUAUCCAAAGCGCGGGCCGAGCAGCAAGAAGACGCGCUUGUCCUCCGGAUGAGUGCUACAGAGGCUUGCAUAUGACGCGGAGCCUGGGCCAGCAAGGAUGUCUCAUGCCCAAGGAUCAUUCAAGGUCAAACACCACGGUGCAAGAUAUCGCCGCAUUGGUGUCUUUUGGGCAGUGCCGUCGUUUGGUUCCUAUGAUGACUGUCAAUUUGCCACUGUCAUAAUAUUAUGAGGAUCAGUUACGAGUUUCACAUUAUCCCAGGCCAAUAAUUCUGAGACACAAAUUAGUUAUCAUUCUUAUUACGGACAGAGGACAGCUAUGGCCUGAGGCUCGGUAGCAAGGUCGCUAAG